AUGCUUCUUCUUCUCUACCGCAGACUGAGCGCCAUGGCUCUCGAUGGGUUCAGAGCCGCUGUCUAUCAAGGGAACCUGACAGAUGCGAUUUCUAAUGUGCAGCAGAGAACACCAGAGUCGUUUAAUAGCCACACCCUCCACAUCGCCAUCACGGGGGAGUCGGGCUCCGGGAAGUCCUCCCUCAUCAACACCAUGCGGGGGCUACGUGCUGGUGAUGAAGGCGCUGCUGAAACCGGGAUGCUCGAUACCAUGACGAUGCCGGUGGCUUAUCAAGAUCCCGUCCUCCCAGGCGUCACCCUCUGGGACCUGCCAGGGGUGGGGACGCCCUAUUUCCCUCUAAACACCUACUGUGAGGCGCUCAAUUUGAGCCAAUACGACUUCUUCAUCAUCGUCGGCUCCCAGCGCUUCCGCUCCGACCACGCCAGGCUGGUCCGUGAAAUCCAGAGAAUGGGCAAGAGGUUCUACUUUGUGCGCUCCAAAGCCGACAUGGACCUGGACGCUUCCAGGAGGCAGCGUCCCUCCAGCUACAACGAGGAGAGGAUCCUGGAGCAGAUCAGGGAGGAUUGCAGGAGAGGCGUAGCUGCUGAAGGAGUGGGCCACCCACCGGUUUUUGUCGUGUCCAGCUGGGAACCCAACCGCUACGAUUUCCCACUCCUGCGACAAACUUUGCAGAUGGAGCUGCCGCGCCUGAGGAGACACGCCUUCCUGUUUAGCCUGCCUGCUGUCGCCUCGCCCAUCAUCAACCAGAAAAAAGCCGCCCUGAAGGGGGAGAUUUGGAAAAUAGCCCUUUUCUCAUGUCUUCUCGCUGCCAUUCCUGUCCCAGGCCUCGCUUUCUUGGGCACCUUCUUCAUCUUCAGGAAACACCUGUCCCGAUACUAUAUCAUCUUCGGGGUGGAUGACAGGUCCCUCUCUGCUCUCGCCUGGCAGAUUGGGAAGUCUGUGCUGGAGCUGACGGCCGUGAUGACGUCCUUGGGAAUAACUGCCAUGAUGGCUCUGAAGCUGUUGUUGGAUUCGGUGGGGACCGCCGUGAUGGUAGCGGAAUAUUCGUCGGAGCGCCGUCCCGUAUUUGGUGCCAUGGUGUCUGGAGGGGUGGCACUGGUUACCACGUCCUUCAUGCUGCGGAAGCAUUUGGCCUCUGUAGCUGACGACACCUGGAGGGUUCUGAGCAAAGCACUGGAGGCAGAAAGGGAAAAUGCCAUCUAGGAUUUGGUGUUGCAUUGGAUGAGCCUGCUGCUGUCUAGAAGACACAAUCUUUGAUUUCAGGCAGGAAAGAUUCAUGCUUCUCCAUCCAGGAGCUGCAUGUUCAGCCCCCAUAAACCAUCUGGGGCAUCGUUGCACAGCAGUCAAAGCCCCCAUCAUGAAGGAGACAGACUCGGUGACAGCUCAACACUCCUGAAGUUUUACCGCACAAGGAAUGAGGCAGCUUCCUUCUUGACAUGCAUACAAAAAAAUAAAAUUAUACUGAAUCCGGUUCUAUCAACCUAGGACCCGCUGGGCUCCUCCAUCCCUUCUGUAUCUGAGCACCUUACAAACAUGAAUGGACCGGAUCCCCACACUGGGUCAAAUCAGCUGCCACUCCAUUGGGGUCAAUGGGGCCAGAUCCCAGCUGGGGUCAGUGGGCUGUAGCUCCAUUGCAGGUUAGAAGCCAAAGGCCUUGUCCUCAUGGGAAAGUUUUUCGGUAUAACCUAAGGUGUGAAUUGAAACCGAUAGAACGAUCCUGGUGGAACCUCGUGUGUGGACGCUCUCACUCCGGCAGAACAGUGGCUUUCUUUCAGUUUCGUUGAUGUCAUUUGU